UUAAUCCUUUUGAACGAAGAAGAAGAAAUAUUUUUUUGGAAACUAUAAUUUAUUACGUUUAAUUAUUGAUUUAUCAAUACAUAUUUUAUAUAAAUUGUAGUGACUAUUGGGCUCAAAUAAUUUUUCAGUAGUUCUGUAUAAUAGUUCGUCCCGAUAAUCCGCGAAAAAACUAUGACGAAUAAUCCAAUAGUUUUAUUAAUAGUUUUACUAAUAGUUACAAUAGUUAUUUUACUAAUACGUUACAAUAGUACAUUUCCGUGGGGUCCAAUGAAUUGUAGCAAGUACGUAACUCUCUGAUCGUUCGGUACAUUGAAAAUCUUUACUGCGGCCUUUGUAACCACCGUUUCCUGUCUGAGACGUUUGGAUCGAAAAACUCGAUACCGAAACUACCGUGUAAAACUACUUCCGCCAUUUUCUUUGUAUGCUCUUGUAUUUCUCAACGUAGAGUACCCAACGGAGAAUUGCCUCUUUACAAGGUAACGGCCGGUGUGUGUGUAAUCUCUCUCUGGACUUAACCUCAUAAACAAAAUAUCGUGUAUCUCUUUUAAUUCUAACAAGGCACGGAAAACUAUCCCAUCCUCGUCGUCAAUCUGUUGUGUAUUUUCGUGCCACGGCCAGGUAAUAAUACUCUCCAAAUAGUGUACAGUUUGAAAUAUUAAUGCUUACUUAUUACACACAAAAAAAGCUGGACGAUUUACUUGUUGGGCGAGAUGAAGAGAGAGAGAUCGCUACUCGCUCGCUUGAACAUCCUCAUGCAUGACAAACAAACCGAGGGAAAAGAACUAAGGCUGCGGUCCGAUUCACGCUUACAGCGCUAUCAGCGCGCUCACGGUUGAUCCGAUUCACUUCCUGAGCGUUUUCUGCGAGCGAAGAGAACGUAAUGAAUUUGUGACGUCACGCGCUCACGGUGACCAUGAUUCCGAGGUGGGUCGACGUGAGCGUUUGCGUCAUUUGUGCGGGAAAUAGUUUUUGAACAGGUUAGAAAAACUAAAAUUAAAAUAAAUAGUGACUUCAUAAGAAAACAUUGCACAAUUGAAUAAUUUUAAUGUUUUUGUUUUUCUUUUAAUAAAAAAUUUAGAUAGUGUUUUUAUAUUAGACUUAGUCAAUAAAGAGUAUGCAAGGCAGAAAAAAACACAAAUUAGCAAGACCAAUGAGAGACUUGACCUUUGUAAUACAUUUAUGGAAAAAGAUUUAUCUUCUGUCCCGUGCUCAUCUAUCUCAGAGGUAAAUGAUUCUCUGGACAUCACAUCUGCACAAUCAGAUACCGUAUACUCACAAUCAGUACCGCACACUUCAACACAAAAUGUUAAAGAGUCAACUGAUAAUGAAAAAACUUUAUUUAUAUGGUCAUCAAAGACUGUAUACUUACUCCUGGAGAAAUAUGAGGAACGAAUGAACGAAUUCUCUUCGGGAACAAAACGUCAUUCUAAAAUCUGGGAAAAUAUUGCAAGCGAAAUGAAUAAAGUUGAUCCAAAUAUUGUAGUAUCAGGACCACAAUGUCAGUCGAAAAUGAAUAGCAUGAAAAAAAUAUAUAGAAAAAUCAUAGACCACAAUAAUAUAUCUGGAAAUAAUCGAAAGUCAUGGCAAUAUUUUGAGAGAAUGAAUGAAUUAUUUGGAAAAUCAGGAUGGGCAAAUCCGAAAGCAACAGCAUCAGAUUCUGGAUCUUCAUCUCUUGCAAAUUCAAUAGAUGAAAAUAGCAAUAUCAAGAAAUCUGCCAUUAAGAAAUUAAAAUCUGAUAAACUUUUAGAUGAAUUUGUGAAACAAAUGAAAGAAGAUAGACAGGAAAGAGAGAAGAAAAAAGAGGAAAGGCAAUUAAUUAUAUUGCAAGAACUAAAAGAACAAAAAGAAAAGCAACAUAAAGAGAAAAUGGAUAUAAUGAAAACAUUCUGCGAAGCUAUUUCAGGCAAAAAUAUUUGACUAACUAUUUUUACAUGAAAGA